AUGCUUGUUUCUGUCCUUGCGGCUGCGCUUCUGCUACCGUGGUGCCAUGCGCUCCCCGCAGGCGCCGCCAAGGACGCUGGUCUCGCAGGGCGCCAGACGAGCUGCGCUGGCGUCCACAUCCUGAUCGCCAGAGGCACGACAGAAGAGUACCCGGGCGACAUGAUCACGCUGGCCAACUUGAUCAUUGCAAACAACGCGGGCGCCGAUUACGAGGACAUCAUUUAUCCCGCGACCUUCGACUACAUUGCCAGCACGCAGCAGGGGAUGAACGCCACCAAGAGCCAAUUGACAGCGUACGUCGAGGCGUGCCCGGAGUCGAGGAUCGUUCUCUUGGGCUACUCUCAGGGAGCGCACGUCACGGGCGACGCGCUUUGCGGUGGCGGCGGCUCUGGCCUGGGCGCUGCGACGGAGCCCGUUUCGACGGACGUCGGCGAGCAUGUUGCCGCGGCCGUCUGGUACGGCGACCCAAGACAUGUCGCCGGCCAGUCGUACGACGAGGGCACGGCGACGACAAGCGGAAUAUACCCGCGCACCGCGGCCCAGCUGGCCAUUUUGGCCGAGUCCUACGCCAAUAGGAUCCGCUCGUACUGUGACGACAACGACUUUGCGUGCGCCAGCGGCAGCAGCGUUUCCGUGCAUGGCCAGUACCCUGAGAAUUACGACGAGGAAGCGGCUGCGUGGGUGCAGACGUUGCUAUGA